UCUGUCAGACCCACGCACACAUGUGUUGGGGUGGGCGGGGUGUGUUUGGGGCAGGCCUGUCGGCAGGUAGAGCUACAGGAGCGCUCAACCCCUCGGUAUUUGGACUUGUGUAGAAGAUGACAGCAGAUGGAGUGAAGAGGAGUUUUCAGAUUCAGAUACAAAUAAGGCUAACUAACGUAAACCACUUUGGAUAAGAAGAAAAUCUGCUUUAACUCGUAAAUGGACGUAUAACAGAAACCUGAGCCAUCAUGACCUGGAGAGACUUGUGCUCCUGGACCAGAAGGAGGGAUUCAAGCGAAUCUGAGAGGAGGCUGGAGUCCAACCUGCCGUAUGAAGGCGAGAAGUCCAAGAACCAGCCCAAUCGGCAUUACGCAGGGAACGCCAUCAAGACCACCAAAUACACCCUCUGGAACUUUAUCCCCAAGAACCUGAUUGAACAGUUCCGCCGCGUGGCUAAUGCUUACUUCCUAAGCAUAGCCAUCCUCAACUUCGUCCCAUCAGUCAAUGCCUUCCAGCCCCAAGUGGCCCUCAUCCCCAUAUGCGUCAUCCUCUCACUAACGGCCAUUAAAGAUGCCUGGGAGGACUUUCGCCGCUACCAGAGUGAUCGGAAGCUCAACAGAAGGCCCUGCCUCAUAUACAGCAGGAGCCAGCAGAGCUUUAUGGAGAGGAGGUGGAAGGACGUGAGGGUGGGGGAUUUUGUGAGAGUGCUCUCCAAUGAGAUAAUUCCCGCAGACAUCCUGCUCCUACACACCUCCGACCCUAAUGGAGUGUGCCACAUGGAGACGGCCAAUCUGGACGGCGAGACUAACCUCAAACAGAGGAGAGUGGUGCCCGGCUUCUGUGAUACGAACUCCACAUUUGAACCCCUGAACUUCAACAGCAUCGUUGUUUGCGAGAAGCCUAACGACAACCUCAACCAUUUCAGCGGCUUUUUGGAAAAAGGCAAUAAGAAGACAGGUUUUGGCAUUGAGAGCCUCCUGCUGCGUGGAUGCACUGUCAGAAAUACAGCUGAUGCCUCAGGAAUAGUGGUGUACGCAGGCCACGAGACCAAAUCCAUGCUGAACAACAACAGGCCGCGGAACAAGCGCAGUAAACUGGAGAGGAAGAUGAAUAUAGAGGUCUUCUUCUGUGUUCUGCUGCUCAUCUUCAUGUGUCUCAUCGGAGCUGUGUGUCAUGUGAUCUGGUUGGAGUCUUUUUCAACUAUCCCAAUGUACUUCAUCCCAAACAGUGACGGGACGUAUACCUCCUCAGCUCUGUCAGGUGUUAACAUGUUCUUCACCAUGAUCAUCCUCCUGCAGGUGAUCAUCCCCAUUUCCCUCUACCUGUCGAUCGAGCUGGUGAAGAUGGGUCAGGUGUACUUCAUCACUCAGGAUGUGGAUCUGUAUGAUGAGGAGAGGGACAUUCGGAUGCAGUGUCGUGCUCUCAACAUCACAGAGGAUCUGGGCCAGAUCCAGUACAUCUUCUCAGACAAGACCGGGACCCUGACUGAGAACAAAAUGGUGUUCCGCCGCUGCACCAUAAUGGGCACUGAAUACCCCCACAGUGAGAACGCCACACGCCUGGCCCUCCUGGCAGGGGAGACAGACGCGGAUGAAGAGGUUAUUUACCAGCAGAACAGACGGCCGCCUCUUUUCUCUUUGGAGGAGGCCCAGGACGGCCCGGCACGAGCCAGCGCGCGCCUGCCCGGCAACAGCAGCCUUCACAGGUCAAGGGUCACAGCAGGAGCCUCCAGCUGCAUGGCCUUCAGCAGCCCAAUGGAAACGGAGGUGGUUCCAGACGAGACUCUGCUCCACCUGAUGGAGAACGAAGAGGACAAGUCCUACCUGGACUUCUUCCUGGCCAUGGCCAUCUGCAACACCGUGGUGGUUUCCACCGACACGGCCCGGAGACAAGGGGUCACAGGGCGGCGUAACUCUGCCCUCUCCAGCAAUCCUCUGGAGUGUAUGGAGGGUCUUUUCAGUCGAGCUACAUGCUGUAAAAGGCUCCGCAAGUCUUUAGAGAAACUCACGCGCAGGAGAGACUCUCACGUUGAGCCUUUUGACAUGGGCCAGACAUCCUUCUAUGAUGUCUCUGCUUUCACCAACUCUGUGGAGGGCUUUGAUGAGGAUGAAAAUGCACCCGGCCACCGCAGCAAUGUGAACAGAAGACCCCGGACUGGAAGCAGCGCUGCUGCACCACUGGAAGUGUGUUACGAGGCCGAGAGCCCAGACGAGGCUGCUCUGGUCCACGCGGCCAAGGCCUACGGCUUCACCCUGCUGGAGCGAACCCCUGAUCACGUGACCGUCCGAUUGCCUCACGGGAAGGAGCUGAAGUUCAAGGUGCUGGACGUUUUGAAUUUUGACCCAGUCCGGAGGAGGAUGUCCAUAAUAGUACGCCAUCCUCGCACCAGGGAGAUUAUCAUGUAUACAAAGGGAGCAGACUCUGGAAUCAUGGAGCGUCUGCACAAGUCCUUUGAAGACCCUCGAAAAGCUGCGACUGAGAGCACAAAUGUUGCUGCUGAAACCCAAGGAGAUCUAGACAUGUAUGCAAGAGAUGGCUUAAGGACCUUGUGCUUUGCUAAAAAGGUGGUGAAUGAGCAGACCUAUUCAGCCUGGUCAAUUAGGAGACAGGAGGCCCUGGCAGCUAUAAGCAGGAAAAAGGAGCUGCUCAUGGACACUGCAGCAGAUAUGGAGAAUAACCUGACACUGCUGGGGGCCACUGGUAUUGAAGAUCGCCUUCAGGAGAACGUUCCGGAAACCAUCAGGGCCUUGAGAGAAGCAGGCAUUCAAGUAUGGGUCCUGACUGGAGACAAACUAGAGACAGCCGUCAAUAUCGCAUACUCCUGCAUGCUGCUGGACCACAGGGACCUGGUGUUUACCUUCAACACAGAGAGCAAGGAGGUAUGCAGUACCAUGUUGACUGGGAUUCUGGAGGACAUCCUGCAGCAUGAGAAGCAGGAGAGGGAGUUCAGCAUCGGGCUGGUGAUAGACGGACGCACCCUGUCUCUGCUCCUGGACGAUGACCUGCAGACGCAGUUCGUGGAGCUGUGCAGUCACUGCCGCUCUGUGCUGUGCUGCAGGGCCACUCCUCUGCAGAAGAGCAGGGUCGUCACGCUGAUGCGUCACAGGCUCAAGGUCAUGACUCUUGCUAUAGGUGAUGGUGCCAAUGAUGUAAACAUGAUUCAGGCAGCAGAUGUGGGCGUGGGAAUAUCUGGGCAGGAAGGGAUGCAGGCUGUCAUGGCCAGCGACUUUUCAAUAUCUCGCUUCAAACACCUGAAGAAGCUCCUGUUGGUUCACGGUCACUGGUGCUCCACACGGCUGGCAAACAUGAUCGUCUACUUCUUCUAUAAGAAUGUGGCCUACGUCAACCUCCUCUUCUGGUACCAGUUGUUCUGCGGCUUCACCGGCACGGCCAUGAUUGACUACUGGUUUAUGAUCUUCUUCAACCUCCUGUUCACCUCCGCUCCGCCCAUCAUGUUUGGCAUCAUGGACCGGGAGAUUUCGGCCUUCAUGCUGCUGCAGCUUCCACAGCUCUAUAAGAGGGGUCAGCAGACUGGGGGAUACCGGCGCUCUACUUUCUGGAUCGGGAUCCUCGAUGCCUUUUAUCAGAGCUUUAUCUGUUUUUUUAUUCCAUACUGGGCGUAUGAAGGCUCUGAUGUUGACAUCUUCACUUUGGGAAUUCCCAUGAACACAGUCUCUCUCUUCACCAUCAUCCUUCAUCUGGCGAUCGAGAUCAAGAGUUGGACGGUGGUGCAUUGGGUGAUCAUGGUGGGAAGUGUGCUGGUCUACUUUAUCGUGAGUCUGGCCUUCAGCGCCCUCUGCAUCAGCUGCAACCCUCCGUCCGAUCCAUACUGGCUCAUGCAGCAGCAAAUGGCUGAUCCCAUCUUCUACCUGAUCUGCAUUUUAACCACCGUCGUAGCUCUGCUGCCAAGGUACUUCCUACAUGCUUUGAGGGGGACAUUAAUGCCAUCUGAUCACCUCAAGGCGAGGCAGAUAGACCAGCUGCCUCCACACCGCCGCGACCAGUUUCUCAGAGAGUGGAGAAACCUCCAAGAACUGUGUGCCUCGUUCCCCAGUGUGUCCCAAUCUACUCACAGCACCAUCAACACCCCAGACAUCUAACAGGCCUGAAGCACUGCAAUGUUGAACUGGAGCGGAUGGGCAGCUUUUAACAGAUGUUUGGUGGGAUUUCUUGGGGCACGGUGCAAUGGAACAUUAUGUUUUGGUGUGAGGGAAACUUGAAACUGAUUUGCACACCAGCUAUUUGCACACUACCGAUUUGCACAUGUGCCAUAUUUGAGGGAGAUUCUACUGAAAAGUGUAAUAUGUACUAAAAUGUACUAUUUUAACUGUUCUGUGUAAACAGAGACAUUGCUGCGUCGUUAAACGUCACAUGAUGUCAGUUCAGCUGAGUGGAGGUACACGCAGAACAGCUCGAAGCCGUUUGUUUGCAGCAGAAUUCUGAAUGUGCUUCCUUCAGCCUCUUCUCUUCUAACAAGCCUCAUGGAUAAACGCAGGAAGCUGAUCCAAACCAUGUCCCUAAGGUUUUUCAAGGCUCCAGGCAAAAGUUCAGACUAUUAGGCGGCACAAGCUGCGCUUGGCUAAUCGAUACAUCUCCCACAGUUUCUCACCAAAAAGGCUGCCGCUGCCUCUCCGGUCUGACUGGGUGCUUCAGUAGCGCUCGCAUCCCAGCGAGAAACCUACUUUCCCCUCGUCAUGCAGGGCGCAUUUGUAUUCACGAGCGCUUCGAGCUGCUCAUGAAAUAAUUGAGGUUUGCAGAUGUUACGUAAUAUCCUGGUAUUUUCAGUUCAUGCAUCCGUAUUGAGAGCAUGUUGGGCUUGAUGGAGAGAGACAGAAACACAAGCACUGCAGGAAGAUUUAAGAGCAUCUCUGGCUUUGUUAUUACUCGUAAUUCUUAAUUAUUUAAAACGAGACUUGAACAGACUGCUUGUGUUUGCGUGUGUGUGUGUGUGUGUGUGUGUGGAAGAGAAAGAGAGUGUGUGUAAAAAUAAUCUGCCGAAGCAGAGGACACACGUCUACCCCCCCACCCUCUUGUAUUUGAAUACUUAAUUGUAUCUCUGACGUCCUUCUGACGUUCCUCACUCUUGAAGGGGUCAGUGAUGAUCCCACUUGUAUGGCCAGGCAAGCCGAUGAAGCCCAGGGAGUAUUUCACUUUUCCAUCCACGUCUCGCUUAAGGGUCCUCUGUAGCUGAAGCUUGCAAUAAAAAUGGGUCUAGCACUGAUUCGAUUUGGAGAGCUCGUUGCAUUUUUAUGUAAUGAUGUCACAGCCCUUAUCAGUGGGCCAGCUCUGCCAUCUUGUGGUGGAUCCUGGAACGGCUCGGACGUGCUCGUGAGAGAGACAGGAGGAAGAGAACAAGAUGGAUGAUGUUUCAAUGUCAAAAGAACAGCUUUGUGCAUUUUUAUGCUACACUGUUAUCUGGCUGUGGGCAGGGUUUGGCUGAGCUCGUCAAAUCAAUAAAAUUCAUUAAAUGAUCA